CUGCAGCCCCCUCUGAAUCUGCUAGGCGGAAGUAGAUGUUCAGAACAGGGCUAGUCGCCGCCGAGACCACAUCCGGGAGAGGCGAGGAGAGCGGAAGUGGCGUUGGUCUGGCCGGAGCCCUUGGGUGAAAUUGUUAGGCGUGGAGGGGGAGUGAUGUCUUCCAGACUCGGUGCAGUCACCGCCACCCCGGGACCCACAGCCUUUAAGCCACAGAGGAGCACCAGGAUCGUGGGAGCUAAGAACCAAUUUUGAAGGCAGGAGAUGAAGUAGAUGAGCCAAGCGAGAGGGAGCGGCUGUGAACAGUUCUAAAGAGAAUGGGAAAGCUCAGGUGCAUGCGUGAGAGUUGCUCCAGUACCUUCACCAGCAUCAUGGGAUAUCUGUACCAUGUUAGAAAAUGUGACAAAGAGGCAGCUGAGCUGGAGAAGUUGACCCUGAAAUGUCACCACUGUGGAAAACCAUACAGGUCAAAGGCUGGGCUUGCGUAUCACAUGAGGUCAGAGCACAGGCCUGUCUUCUUCCCAGAAUCAGGACAGACAGACUGUUUGAAGGAGAUGAGUCUGGAAGCAAAGGGCGGAGGCCGAGUUCAGCGGCGUUCUGCCAAGAUAGCUGUGUACCAUCUGCAGGAGCUGGCCUCUGCUGAGCUGACCAAGGAAUGGCCAAAGAGGAAGGUGCUCCAGAACCUGGUACCUGAUGAUCGGAAGCCAGGAGGUACUGCAAAAGUGGAAGACAGAUAUCAAGAAGUAUCAUCGCAUCCAGUGUCCUAACCAGAGCCAGACCCUCAAUGUAUAAAGUCUGUGUGGGAGAUCCCAGCUGGAUCAAGAACAGAGAGGGAGAACAAGGAAUAAGAGACCAUAAUAAAUGAAGACCACAU